GUAUAAAACACGCACGCAGGAUUUCAUUUUUUAUUUUUUCUCAUGGUCCCACUUCUUUUCUUUUUUUUUCAUUACAAUGUUUACUUUUACUAAAUUAACACCACGUAGUAUAGUUACUCGUCGAUUGUUUACUACCACUACAGUCAAUGGUAUUCAACGAUCGUCACCUGGUCUAUUCACUCCUAACCAUGGUCUUUUACAAUCCAACGAACAAGAAGAAAAGAAGAAGCCUGAAGUUACUAUUCCUGGAAAAGCAAACGAAAUUCUAGAAGCAGUUUUAUAUGGAUCCAAGAAAAUCAAAGAAGAAGAAGCUCAAACUCAUUCCAAGAUGUUGGCAAGAGGCAAAUAUGUCCAUGAACUUUCAAAACAUAAGGUUCGACCUGAUAAGGUAGAUGAAUAUAUUGCUCUCAUUACAGAGCAUUAUCCUCGUAUUGCAAAUGAUCCUUUAAAUGAUCUUCAUCUUUGUGGUAGUUGGGAAAUUAUAAUAGGAGAAUUGGAUACUUUUGUUCAUAUUUGGGAAUACAAAGGAUAUCCUGGUCAUCAACAUACAAUGGAAAGAUUGAGUCAAGAUUCUGCUCAUAGUGAAUUCUUAAAGAAGUUACGACCCUUAUUGAUCUCUAGAGAAAACAAUAUGAUGUUAGAAUUCUCUUUCUGGAAAACAUCUCCUCCUCAAGUCACCAAUGGUAUUUAUGAAUUACGCAAGUAUAAUUUGAAGCCUGGGAACCUAUUGGAAUGGGAAAUGAAUUGGCGUAAAGGCUUGGAAUGUAGACGUCAAUUUUGUGAACCAGUUGGAGCUUGGUUUAGUCAACUCAAUGAUUUAAAUACUGUUCAUCAUAUGUGGACUUAUCCUGAUUUACAAACACGUAAGAUUACACGGGAAGAAGCUUGGAGGGUAGAUGGUUGGCCUGAAACAGUAUAUAAAACAGUACGAUUGGUAGAUAGCAUGCAUUCUUUUAUUUUGAAACCAUUGACUUAUAGUCCUUUACGAUAGUUUUAUCAUAGAUUAUAUUCCCCUCUCCUUUUUUUUUUUUUUUGU